CUUCUCGCAGAGCCAGCCCGGGGGCGGAGCCGCCGCAUACAAAACCUCCCGCCCGGCCCCUUCGGCCGCGCACCGGCUCCGGCACCGGCGGCGAGGGGUGAUAACGCCCGCUCGGGGCCAUGCGCGCCGCGGCGAGGCUGAGGCCGGCGGGGCCGGGAGCGGGCGGCGGCCGCGUGGAGCCAUGAGCGCGGCAGCGGGGGCGCGGGGGGGAGCGGCCCCGGGCGGCGGCGGGGCGGCGGCGGCGGGAGCCCGGCGGGGCGGCGGCGGCGCGGGCUGCGCUCGUUGGGCAGCCUGGCGGGGCGGCUGCUCCGCUCCUGGGCGCGCCUGGCCGGGGGCCGCGGGACGCGCCGCGCCGCGCCCGAGGACGACGAGGGCGGGUUCCGGGGGGGCGGCCCCGGGGGCGAGCGGCGGCGGCGGCCCGGGGGGGCGGCGACGGGGGGCGACGGGGAGCGGCCGCCGGGCGCGCAGGGGCUGCGGAACCUGGGGAACACCUGCUUCAUGAACGCGGUGGUGCAGUGCCUCAGCAACACGGCGCCGCUGGCCGAGCUCCUGGCACUGGGCCGCUACCGCGCCCGCGGGGCCCGCGCCGAGGUGACCCACCGCCUGGCGGCCCUGGUCCGCGCCCUCUGGACCCGCGACUAUACGCCGCAGCUCUCCGCCGAGUUCAAGAACAUCGUCUCGAAGCACAGCGCCCAGUUUCGGGGCAACGCACAGCACGACGCCCUUGAGUUCCUGCUCUGGCUGCUGGACCGCAUGCAUGAGGACCUGGGUGCCACCUCCCCCUCACCACAGACCUGUGUCUCUGAGGAGCCUGGUGAGGACGGGAGUGGUGGUGCUGACAGCUCCUCACUGGCUGCCUGGCAUCCCCAUGGGCAGAGCUUUGUGCAGAGCCACUUCCAGGCACAGUACAGGUCCUCCCUGACCUGCCCUCACUGCCUGAAGCAGAGCAACACCUUCGACCCCUUCCUAUGCAUCUCCCUGCCCAUCCCGCUGCGCCAGACCAGGGCUCUCAAUGUCACCCUGGUGCUGCAGUGCGAGCGCCGGCGGUUCGUGCGCGUGGGGCUGGCUGUGCCCCUGAUGGGCACCGUCGCCGACCUGCGGAAGAUGGUGGCGCGGGAGGGAUGCAUCCCCCCAGAGCAGGUGAUCCUGGCCGAGGUGUCCCCACGAGGCCUCCUGCGCUCCCUGGGCGAUGCGGAGGAGCUGGGUGCUGCCGGGGAGGGGGCUCCCCUCUACGCCUUCCAGCCCCCCCCUGCCUGCCGCACAGGGUGCAGCCUGCCCGCCUCCCCCGGGGCCCCCCAGCCCGAGGGGCCGCGCCGGGGCCCGGCCGCUGCCCGCUCCUCCGACUGUCUGCACCACGGGGCGGGCGGCCGCAUCCUGCUGCUGCUCUGCAACACGGCGGGCACCGGCCCCCAGCUCGCCAGGUUCGGGCCGCCGCUGGUGCUGCGGGAGGAGAGGGGUGUCUCCUGGGAGCAGCUCCAGCAGAGCAUCCUGGCCCAGCUGCGGGCCCUGCUGCGGGGAGAGGUGCAGUCACAGGGCACAGGAGCCCUCUUCCGCAUCUGCCUGGCCGGGGGCUCAGCCCCCUGCACCUACCUGUCGCCGCAGGACCCCCGCCCUCUCUGCCACCCUGCCAUCGACAGAGCCCUGCAGCUGAGCGGGGCAGGUGGCCCUCCCCAUGUGAAGCUGACGGUUGAGUGGGAUGUGAGCACCAAAGAGCGCCUUUUCGGCAACCUCCAGGAGGAGGUGGUGCAGGAUGCGGAGAGCGUGCAGCUGCAGCAGCAAGCGCAUGGGCAGCAGCACAGCUGUACGCUGGACGAGUGCUUCCAGCUCUACACCAAGGAGGAGCAGCUGGCCCUGGAUGACGCCUGGCGCUGCCCGCACUGCAAGGUGCCCCAGCAGGGCACGGUGAAGCUGAGCCUUUGGACACUGCCCGACAUCCUCAUCAUCCACCUCAAGCGCUUUCGCCAGGUGGCUGAGCGCCGGCACAAGCUCACUACACUGGUGAGGUUCCCCCUGCGGGGUCUCGACAUGGCCCCUCACGUGGCGCAGCGGGGCCAGGCUGGUGGGAAGCUCUUGGGCCGCUGGGCCUGGCAGGGCCCCCCUCACCUGCGCCCAAGCUGCCCGCGUGACUCCCUCUACGACCUGUACGCCGUCUGCAACCACCAUGGCAGCUUGCAGGGCGGGCACUACACCGCCUACUGCUGCAACGCCCUGGAUGGGCAGUGGUACAGCUACGACGACAGCAGGGUGGAGGGGGUGCCGGAGGCCAAGGUGAGCACCCGCAGCGCCUAUAUCCUCUUCUACCAGCGCCGCAAGGCUGUGCCCACAUGGUCGGCCGGCAGCUCCAUCAGGGGCUCCCCGCUGGCAGAGCACUGGCUGUCCCGCCUGGGCAGCAACAUGGGGGACACAGCAGCUGCCCGGCCCUCCCUGCUCAGCACCCACGACACCACUGCCGCCCCAGAGAAAGGUGGCUUCGAGGCCAGGCCCUUAGUCCGGGGUGUCCAGCACCACAGCCUCAGCGCCCAGCUCUCUGCCACUGGUGGCCCGCCCCAGGCGGUGCCCCUGCGCCGGUCGUUCGGGUGCCGGGAGCAGGGCCCAGGGGAGCUCGUUGCUUACCUGGAGUCGGGGCGCCGGCCCCGCUGCACCCAGCGCUCCCUGCUCCCGCUUGGCAUGGGGGACACCCACCUGACACAGCCCGGCACCCCCCGAGCCUCCCGCCAGCCCCUCCGCGUGCCUGUGCUGCGGCGAGCUGCCAGUGCUGGUGCUGAGGGGUCCCUGCAUGUGCCUCCCAGAAGGCAGAGCGGGAAGGGCACAGGGGGGCUGCAGCAGGGGAAGGGGGAUGCGGGUGACCCCCGCGCCCAGCUGUCCCCCAGCCUGGCAGCCUUGGUGCACUUGCGGAGCUCGGCCAGCCUGCCCCUGCACGCCGAGGGGGGCCUGCGGCGCUCGGCCUCGCUGGGCAGGGGCGCAGGAGGCCCCCCCCUGCCCACCUGGGGACCCUCUGGGACAAUGCUGUGGCGGGGACAGCAGCUCACAGGCUUCCUGCAGCGUCCGUCUGUGCCUGAGUCCAGCUUCUGAGCCAUGGCCAGUGGGCAUCGCACUGAGGCUCCUGCCCUGGGGCUCCCAGACUGGGGGUGUCUCAACAAGAGGGCUUCUGAACCAGGGAAUCCCAAACAAGGGCAUCCCAAAGCAGGGUCAUCCUGAGCCAGGAACAUCCCAACCUGGGGGCAUCCCAAUCGAGGCAGUCAGGUAUCCCUAAGAUAGGUCAUCCCAAAAGAGGCUCCCAAACUGAGUCCAUCCCAAACCAUGGGAGGGCCUCCCAAACAGGGAGCAUCCUAAACCUCCCAAAUGAGGGCAUCCUGACUUGGGGCUCCUAAACCAGGGGCAUCCUAAACCAGGGGCAUCCUGAACCAAGGGCAUCCUGAGCUGGAGCCUCCCAACCCAGGGGCUACUGACCUUGGGGGAAUUCCAAACCAGGGUAUCCCAGCCCAGAGGCUCCUGAACAGGGGACAUCCUGAACUGGAGGUUCCGGAACAGGGAAUCCUGGCCUGGGGGCUCCUAAAUGGUUGGCACCCUGACUGAGGGCACCCCAACCCAGGGACAUUCCAAACCGGGGCAUCCCCAGCUGGGGGUUCCUGACCUGGGGACACCCGAAACCGGAGGCUCUGAAACCAGGGGCAUCCUGAGCCAGGAGUACCUUGAGCCAGGGGCACCACCCAGCCACCUCCCCAUGCCCUUGUCCAUGGAGCAGGCGGGCAGGGGCUCCCGGCCCUGCCAUCUCUAAGGCACAAGAGUAUUUAUGGUAGUGGGAGAGUUUUAUUCAGGUGCUUUUUGUUUCCUAAAAGGCAGCUGUUUGGGGGGCUGGGGGUCCCCACACCACACUCUAUGCAACCCAUGAUUCUUCCAGCCAGCUUUUGUACACAGGGGCUGCUGCCCACUGCACAUGGUUUCUAAUAAAGACACUGAAAGGAG